CCCACUCGCUGUCAAGCUCUGCUCCUCUCUAUAUCUCUCGACCCUCUCCAGCUCCUCCUCAUCAAACGCCCGAGCAGCUCACUCUUUGCCCGAAACAAACAUACCAGGACGAUCGAAAGCCAUGGCGCUGGCUCGUCUGGCCCUCAAGAACGUGCAGCAGAGGUUGGGUUCGGCUUCCUCUGCUUCUUCUUUAUGCAGGGCAGGCCAGAUCAGACAGGGGUGGAACGGCGGUGAGGAGACGAUGGCGAUGAGUAGGAGGUUCCUGGCGACAGCGACCGAGAAGGCUUCCGAUGACAAGGAGGUCGCGGUGAGCGAGAAAGGUGACGGCAGGAAGUUCAGGCUCUUCCCCAGGAGGAACCGGAGGAGGAGCCUCUGGAGGAGGAACGAGGAUGCUGACUUUGUCCCUGCUCUUUAUGAGUUCUUUCCUUCGGGGCUCGGCAACGCACUGAUGCAAGCGACGGAGAACAUUAACAGGCUGUUCGAGAACAUGAAUAUAUCGCCAUGGCAACUCAUGGGCAGAGUCAAAGAGAAGGACGACCACUACAAGCUGCAAUACGAGGUCCCGGGGCUGACCAAGGACGACGUGAAGAUCACGGUUCACGACGGGAUCCUGACGAUCAAGGGCGAGCACAAGAGAGAGGAAGAGGAAGGGUCGGAUGACGAGUACUGGUCUGCCGCGACGUAUGGGUACUACAACACGAGCCUAGUCCUGCCUGAGGAUGCUAAAGCGGAUGAGAUCAAGGCCGAGCUGAAGGAUGGUGUGCUCAACAUCAUCAUUCCCAGAACAGAGAAGCCGAAGAAGGAUGUCAAGGAAGUGAAUGUCCAGUGAGCGUGCUUUGUUUCUAUGAAGUGUGAAGUAGGUUCUUGUGACCUUGUCUGGUUUGGCUGACUGAGAGAUCGCUCGCUCUUAGGUCUGGCUUCAGCCUUGUAGUUUCGGCUCUCCACUCGUUGGUGAGUGGCUUGUUAAUAAAGUUUGUCAGGGUGGCGUUUGACAAUAUUCAUGUACCAGGAUGAAUCUUUUGGAUUAAAGGAAUUUAUACA